GUAAUUAUCAAUUAUUCUUAGUAUGAUAUUUCUAUAAGGGUAUAUUAAGGAAGAUAAGAGAUUAAUAUCUCUUAUUACUUAUUUAAUAUAAAUAAUUAAUUAAUAACUGCUAAUUGCGCGUUACGUAAGAGCGUUACACAAAUGUACAUGUACAUAUAAGCGUAACAAUAAUCCACUCCGGUAUCAAUAAUAUCUGGUAUAAUUUAUCUUAAAGUAUACGAAACAUCAAACUGUUAAAAUGCCACUUUUGUUUUUGACAUAUUCUUGCUUCCCCAAUCAAUCAACGAUUGUGAAAAACAUUUGGCUGAAAACGAAUUGAUAAAAAAUUUUUAGAAAUUAUAGAUUUAUUGAACGACGAGGUACUUAAAGAAUUGAAUAUAUAUAUUGCGCAUAUUAGAUAUGCAGAGAUUGCAAAAAAGAAUGACAUGCGUUAUAUGUAGAUACGUAGAUUAUGUGUAGGUAUAAUCGGGUGUUAUGACACAGAAGUUCAUCAGUUCUCUGACGAUUGGCGACACAGAAGCGGAUAACGAACUGUUUUAACCGUCGAAGAUUCUCAAUUUCUACACACCAUGAGAAGCCGUUAUCGGAGGUGGUAUCGGCGGUGCUUCCACCUCGCACUUCCUCACAGAGCUGAUGAAUGGAAAUUUGGAGAUUGAUUUGUACGAAGCAAGACACGUCGGCGGCCGAUUGGCAACUGUAACGAUUGGUAACAACACAUAUGAGGCCGGUGGUUCAAUUAUACAUCCCCGCAAUAUGUACAUGCAGAAAUUUGUCAAACUUUUAGGUUUGGAUCACGUUACGUCUGAUGAGGAAAAGAUUGGCAUAUGGAAUGGAGAUGAGUUUGUAUUUAAGGACAGUGGUUGUACCAUCGUAUCAUUUAUACAAUUAUUCUACAGAUAUGGUUUCCAAGUAUUUAAACUCAAAAGGGAUGUAAAUGAUGUGAUAACAAACUUCGAAAAGAUAUAUGAACUACAAGAUGCUGGAAAGUAUUUUGCAAAUAUCACUGCAUUAAUAUCAGCUGUGAAUGAGGAAUUCCCAAAGUGGUUGCAAAUACCAAUGAAAGAUCACCUUUUACAUAUGGGUUAUACAGAUAGACUGAUCGAUGAGCUAGCUGAAGCUAUUGUUGUUGUGAAUUAUGGCCAAGAUACCGAUAUACAAAGUUUUGUCGGUCUUGUAUCUCUAGCUGCAGUAGGUUCUGAACUCUGGGCUGUUAAAGGUGGAAAUAAAGAGGUGCCGGAAAAUCUCAUUUACAGAAAUAAAAACGUAAAUGUCGUGCGGAGCCGCGUCACGAAAAUUCGUUAUACGGCAGACAACAGUGAUUCGCAGCAAUAUGAAGUGACUCAUAUGAAUGAAGACAACACGGAUCCAAUGACUGCCAAAUAUGACAUUGUGAUUAUCGCAGCCCCGCUCACGAGUGAUCAAGAAUUUCCGAUAGAAUUCGUCAAUUUUCCGGAGGGUUUAGAGUUUCCAGGUCGCUAUCAGACGACGCACGCGACAUUCGUCAAAGCAGAUAUCAAACCAGAAUACUUUGGCCUACAGAAGAGCUUAGAUAGUAUUUUCAGUUGCAAUCCCACCAAGACGAUAAUUAGUUCAGUCUCGAGAAUGGUCUCUGGAUCAAAUAAGGAUAGCUCCCCAGUUUGGAAGCUAUUUAGCAGAAAACCACUGGAAAUGAAACUUAUUCACGAAAUGUUCUCAAAUGUCACUGAGAUGAGAACAUUUGUUUGGAAAGCAUAUCCCCACUACCUGUCCAACACACUUCACAACAGUUUUAAACUGCACGAUGCAUUGUAUCAUGUCAAUGCAAUAGAAUGGAUUGCGAGUGCAAUGGAGAUGAGUGCAAUAAGUGGCAGAAACGUUGCUAUUCUAGCAUACAAUGAUUUUCUCCAGAAACAUGGCCUCAUGCAGCAUAAAGAAAUUCCCAAGGAUAUCCCUAAAACAAGGCUAGACGAGUUAUAACAUUAUUUAUGCUGCAAAAAUACUUCUAAAAAUUAAAUUAUUUUUAUAUGAUAUAAACUACAUAUGUAUAAAUUUAAUAUGAAUAAUAUCUUGAGAAAUAUGAAUAUAAAUAAUUAAUCAGUAACUGCUGGUUGCAUUAUAAUCUUGCAAAGUAUUGUACUCGUUAGCUUUUAGACUGAACACAAUAAAGGAAACAAUACCUAUA